ACGUGUGGACGCGUGCUGAACAGUUGCCUCUCUGCCGACUGUGUCUCUCGCUCUGUGUGUGUGUGUGUGUCUGUGACUACUACGUCUACGUACGUGUUGCGAUGCCGUUGCCGCAACAAACUUAAAGUUGAGGCAAUAGACUAAGCCAUUGCGACAGAUACCCUAACAAGCAGCUGCCAACUGAGAAUUGUCAUUCGGCCAAAACAAAUUCAAACUGAUUUGCUCCCCGAGGCAUUUGAAUUGCCAGCAAGUGUUUCCAGCCAGACGAUCUACCGGAGUAUCAAAAUUCUAGACUGCACUUUCAAUUUGUUUUGAUCCAAUUACGUGCUUGUGUGUGUGUGUUUUGGCCUUUGACCUAUGCAAUCAAGUGACAAUUUGCCAAUGCAAGCCGUAAGUCGUGCCACAAUGUUAAACCAAAUUGCACGAAUUACUCUCGUCUUAUAAAUAAAUUACAAACAAUUAUGAAGCAACAGCAGCAAACCGUAAAAUAAUCAACAAAUUGUUUGGCCAAAUUCCAUUUCAAAGCCAAAUAACAAUUCCAAACACGAAUAAUUGAAAUCUUCAGUGAUGUGGAUAUAUUGAAGUCUGUCUCCCUCCAGCAAAUAGAUGGCAAUAAAAUAGUUGUGUGUACGUAUGUGAAUACUCAGCAAACAAAAAAUAAAAUAAAAUAAAAAAUAGCAGAAAGCAGCAUAAGGAACAGCCGCAGCAGGACGAAGGACGAAGCGAGAAGGCGGCUGGUUGGCAGCGAUAGCAGAAUGUCAAAAUGCCAUCGGCAGAUCAAAUCUUGUUCAUAAAUGUCACCACAACGGUGGCCGCGGCAGCGCUGACAGCUGCUGCAGCCGUCAACAGCACGCCAGAGGCAUCCACAGCGGCAGCAAAGGCGGCGUCGGUGCCAGCAUCUGGCAACGGACGCAGUGCAGCCACAGUGGAGACAGCAGCGGCAGCGGCAUCCACAACAACCGCCGCCCUGGCGGCAAAUCUAUCGGGCUCGCUGGUGGACAGCCUGACGACGGCAACGGCGACAGCGACAGCUGCAACAAUUGUGGAGACAACGCAUGAAUGCGGCGCCCUGGCGGUGGAGGAGCUGCAGGGCAGCUUUCUGGGCGUGCAGCUGGCGGUGCCGGAAUGGGAGGCGCUGCUCACGGCGCUGGUGCUCUCCAUCAUCAUCGUGCUGACCAUCAUUGGCAACAUUCUGGUCAUACUGAGCGUCUUCACCUACAAGCCGCUGCGCAUUGUCCAGAACUUUUUUAUUGUCUCGCUGGCUGUCGCGGAUUUGACGGUGGCCCUGCUGGUGCUGCCAUUUAAUGUGGCCUACUCCAUACUGGGUCGCUGGGAGUUCGGCAUACAUCUGUGCAAGCUGUGGCUCACCUGCGAUGUGCUCUGCUGCACCUCGUCCAUACUGAAUCUGUGCGCCAUUGCCCUGGAUCGUUAUUGGGCAAUAACCGAUCCGAUUAACUAUGCCCAGAAGCGGACGGUGGGUCGUGUCCUGCUGCUGAUCUCCGGCGUGUGGCUGCUGUCGCUGCUGAUUAGCAGCCCGCCGCUAAUUGGCUGGAACGAUUGGCCGGAUGAGUUUACCAGCGCCACGCCCUGUGAGCUGACCUCGCAGCGCGGCUAUGUCAUCUACUCGUCGCUGGGCUCGUUCUUCAUACCGCUGAUCAUCAUGACCAUUGUGUACAUCGAGAUCUUUGUGGCCACGCGACGGCGCCUGCGUGAGCGCGCCAAGGCGAACAAGUUGAAUACCAUCGCAUUGAAGUCCACAGAGCUGGAGGCCAUCAAUGCCAGCGGAGCGGCGGCGGCAGCCGGUGGCAGCUCGACCAGCUCCAAGGCGCGCGCCCUGGGCAGCCUGUGCAGCAGUUGGCUCUGCUGCGGACGGGAUCGCGCCAACUUUGCCACGCCCAUGAUACACAACGAUCAGGAGAGCCUCAGCAGCGAGACACACGCACAGCCGGAGCCGAACAAGGAGCAGCAGCAGCAGCAACAACAGCAACACGUCGUUGUCCUGGUCAAAAAGUCGCGUCGUGCCAAGAUCAAGGACUCCAUUAAGCACGGCAAGGGGCGCAGUGGUCGCCGCUCCCAGUCAUCGUCGUCGGCCUGCGAGCCGCACGGGGAGCAACAGUUGCUGCCACAAGCCAACAGCAACAAUGCCGCCGGCAAAUCGGAUCCAGAGAUAAGCACAGAGAGCGGCAGCGAUCCCAAAGGUUGCAUACAGGUUUGCGUGACCCAGGCCGAGGAGCAAACCUCGCUAAAGCUGACACCACCACAGUCGUCGUCGACGGGCGCAGCUGCUGUCCCGGCGCUGCAGAAGAAGCCGAGCACCGUUAAUCAGUUCAUCGAGGAGAAGCAGAAGAUCUCGCUGUCGAAGGAGCGACGGGCGGCCCGCACCCUGGGCAUCAUCAUGGGCGUCUUUGUCAUCUGCUGGCUGCCCUUCUUUCUGAUGUACGUGAUUUUGCCAUUCUGCCAGAGCUGCUGUCCCACAAACAAGUUCAAGAACUUUAUCACCUGGCUGGGUUACAUUAACUCCGGCCUGAAUCCGGUCAUCUAUACGAUAUUCAAUUUGGACUAUAGACGCGCGUUCAAAAGACUGUUGGGCAUCAACUGAUACGCUGAUCUGGGCAGAUCUGAGCAGCGGCAGAGCAAAAGAGAGAGCGUUAGUCAAAGUUUGUGCCAAAAAUUAAUCUGAUUUUCGAUGAUGUGGAAACACCUGACGAAAUACUAGAAGAAAAAAAAAAGAAAAUAUGGUUUCACUCAUUUGUAUAAAGAUC